AUGGCCUCUCGCAAAUCAGUCCUCAUCACUGGGUGUAGUAAGGGAGGGAUUGGUGAUGUCCUGGCUCAACAAUUACAUCAGAAAGGCCUACUAGUAUUCGCGACAGCUCGAAGUCUUGCAAAGAUUGAACAUUUGAAAGAGCAGGGUAUCAAGGUCCUGCAACUAGACGUUGUUGACGAUGCAUCAAUCCAGAAGGCGGUGGAACAAGUUGGAGCUGAGACAGGCGGCAAACUGGACUUCCUAAUCAACAACUCUGGCGGAGGUUAUAGCAUGCCAUUGUUGGACUCAGACCUAACCGCCGCAAAGCAACUAUUCGACGUCAAUGUCUUCGCUCUGGUUGGGGUCACCAAAGCCUUCUCGCGCCUACUGAUCGCAUCAAAAGGGACAGUCGUCAACGUUGGGUCAGGCAUAGGAUACGUCCCAUAUCCUUGGAGUGGUUGGUACAACACGAGCAAGGCGGCAGCCAAUCUUCUGACGGAUGUAAUGCGUAUCGAGCUGGGUCUUCUCGGAGUCAAAGUCGUUCUCGUGGUUUGUGGCGGCACCAAGACCAAUUUCUUCAACAACUUGGUCAGUGCUCCCCAGUUGCCGGCCACUUCUCCAUAUAUCGCGGCAAAGGAGGAAGUGCAAGAGUCAAUGUCUGGUGAGAAUUUCACAAAGAUUGCUAUGGACGCCCAGGUCGCAGUGAAGACAAUUGUCGACAAUAUACUGAGCUCCAGCCCUACAAAACGCCAUUGGGUCGCAAGCGGUUCGUUUAUGGUCUGGUUCGUGUCAACGUUUGGCUGGGCGACCAUUUGGGAUACGUUGAUCAAAGGUCAGGCGAAGCUCGGGAUUGUCCAGGAAAAAAUCAAUGCGGCAGCUAAAUCGAAAUGAGGGGGCAUUUAACCGCCGAAAAGGGAGUUCAAUUGGUGUCGUCGAGCGAGCUGCAUGCCAGAGAGAAUAGUAGGUGGC